AUGAUGGAUCUUGGGAAAAAGAUCAAGGCAGCAGCUGGGACCGCCAAAUCAAAUGACAGUCAUCACAUCUCAAAGGCAAUUCCUGUCUGGUGGAGGAAGCUUCACCCAGACUCUGUGCCAAUUCCUGACAACAAAGUCAAACGUGGGUUCAAGAAUCCAGUUACCAGCCAUCUUCUUUGCCCUGCUGUUCUGGACUGGGAUGAUCCCAACAUUCAGUCUGCUUUGUGUAACCGCAUUGCGACAAUCCCUGGGCCUGAUGGACCUGAAGCAGUCAGCGGCGUGAACUGGCCCAACUUCCUGUAUGAUGGGCCAUAUGACCCGAAGACGCCAUGGGUGGGAUUACUUCGCAGUCAUCUCCUCGUAAUGGCAUACAUGCACGUUUUCAUUGCCCCAUCGUCUGUGGCCACCCAUGAUGCUGAGGACUCUUCCUCACAGAGCACUCGUUCUGGCAACGCUCACAACAAUGGCAUGACUUCUGUCAAUGCAGCAUUGCUCACAUACGUUGCUGCUCAGGUCUACUUUGCCCUCUCAGACGAGGGUGCCUUUCACAAGAGCAACAAGAAACUUGAUGCAGUAACUUUCUACGAGUCAUUGGUGAUGUACCUAGAAGACCCCGACAAUGAGAAGGACAACAAAGAGCUUUUUGACCAUUGGAACCGCCUGAUCUUCCCAGAGUCCAUUACCCCUGUUGCCCGUGGUAAGAAUACUUCAAACGCCCAGAUCAAGGCAGCCCGUCUCGCUCUUCAGCAUGAAGCGGACGGUUUCUAA